CGCACUUCAUGUGUGUGAUUCGACUAAGAGUCACGGUGAUGUCUGCAAGAAGGCUAUAUCGGAAAGACGGUCAGCAGACAUCGAUCUGCUAAACAAAGUGAUGGAAUUCUUAUAGUGGAACAUCAAGGAUAUAGCGGAGCAAGAUUACAGUGCUCAACAGGAUGGUUCAGAAGUAUCAGUCACCCGUUAGGGUGUACAAACACCCUUUUGAACUGGUCAUGGCGGCUUAUGAAAAGCGCUUUCCAACAUGUAAAAUGAUACCUGUCUUCUUGGGAAGUGAUAUUCAGAAAGAGGAAAAAAGUCCUGAUGGUUCUUACCACUUUGUAGAGCGCAGGUGCAGGCUGGCUAUAGAUGCUCCAUAUCUGCUAAAGAAGAUUGUUGGUGUGGACUGCCUUCAUUUUAUACAGAGAAAUGCACUUGACAGACGGAAUCGAACACUUAAGAUUGAAGCUUUCAAUGAAAGCUUCUCAUCUAGAAUCGUGAUUAAAGAGCACUGCAAUUAUUCAGUGCAUCCCGAAAACCCGGGCUGGACGUGCUUCGAACAGGACGCUAGUCUCGACAUUAAGCACUUCUUCGGCUUUGAGAGCAUGGUAGAGAAGAUCGUCAUGAAGCAGUACACGCAGAACAUCAAGAAGGGUAAGGAGGUCAUCGAAUUCUACAUCAGCGAGCUCAUCAGCGAAGGGGUAACCUUCAUCCCCCCAUGGACAGACCCCAGUCCCGCACCUGCCUUGACCCAAGGCCAGCCAGAGGACGCUCCUUCCCAAGACUCGGGGCUGCGCAGCCGCUCCAACAGCGUGACCAGCACCCACAGUCAGAGCAGCCUCGUGCUGGGUGCCACCGCCGCCUCCAUCCACACCAGGGGCAUACCGGAGAUCCAUGAGCCAGAGGGAGCUUCAGCACUGCCUGACAGUCCUGGUAAACUUGAUGAUGACUACAUUGCACGCUUCUUGGGCCAUCUGACUCCUGUGGAGGAGAGCUGUCUGGUGCAGCUGAGGCAGUGGUUAAAACAAACACACAAGGGCAAGAUUCCUAAAGACGCCCACAUCUUGCGUUUCUUGCGAGCAAGAGACUUCAGCAUUGAAAAGGCACGAGAGAUGCUUGUGCACUCCUUAGCCUGGCGCAAGCUUCACAACCUAGAUCGCCUUUUAGAAACAUAUCGCAGUCCGGAGAUCAUGGAAAAAUACUACCCUGGAGGCUGGCACUUCUUUGAUCGCGAGGGACGCCCCCUUUAUAUACUGCGACUGGGCAUGAUGGAUGUGAAGGGACUGAUGAGAUCUGUUGGGGAAGAGGCUAUUCUCAAACACGUUUUGGCCCAUAAUGAAGAAGGCUUGAGGUUAGCAGCAGAAGCAACAAAUAAGCGUGGCUAUCCAGUGAGUGCAUGCACCUGCAUCGUGGACCUGGAUGGACUCAGCAUGCGACAUUUGUGGCGCCCAGGUAUCCGGGCUCUGUUGCGGAUCAUUGAGACAGUGGAAGCCAACUACCCAGAGACCAUGGCACAGCUCUUGAUUGUGCGAGCUCCUCGUGUUUUCCCUGUCCUGUGGACACUUGUUUCACCCUUCAUUGAUGAGAACACACGGCGCAAGUUUAUGAUUUAUGGUGGGAAGGAUUAUAUGGGCUCAGGAGGCCUUGUGGAAUUUGUUGAAAAACAGUAUAUUCCUGACUUUCUUGGUGGAGACUGCUAUUGUGAUGUGCCGGAAGGGGGUCUGGUCCCUAAAUCUCUGUACCAAGAAGAGCUGAUAGACCGAUCUCCUGAUGAACCCCACUUGAUUUCUGACAGCUUAUAUCAGACAGCACAUGUUGUGAAAGAAUUCCCUCAUGAGGUGCUGAUUCAAGUGCCACAGCGUGGGUCAGUCAUCACAUGGGACUUUGACAUCCUGAAAGGUGAUGUGACCUUUACUGUGUUCCGGUGUAAGAAGUCCGUGUCAGAGGGUCCACACCACCAACACCAUGUCAGCGGAGCCACUGGUGGCAUUGGCUCAGUUCAGUACAUUGACAAGUCCAUGACAGUUGGUGUUGAUCUCAGUAUUGUGGAGCCUCCCCACAUAUGUCGUGAUGGUGACAGUGUACAGGGUUCUCAUGUCACUGGUCAGUCUGGCAGCUACAUCUUGCAGUGGAAGUAUUUUGAUUCUGCAAAAGCUUCAUUUGACUUCCCUCUGUCUUCCCACAAAUCUAAAGUUAUGUACUAUACUGAACUUCUACCUUCAGAAGCUUUUAGGGGAUCGAUGAGCAGUCUCCAGUCUUGUCAGAGCGGUUUUUCAUCCCUCAGUAUUGGUACAUCGCAGAGCAGUCACUCUGGCCUGGGGUCUUGUCCAUCCAGAAUUUUCGUACUUGUGGAAGCCAGGUAUUAUUAUUAUUAUGUGUUUUAUAAUCUUUUGUUCUCUUUCAAUUUUUUGUUGUGAUUGAGAACAGAUCUUGAUCCACAUGUUGCACUCUAAAUAUUUUCAGAAUGCAUAGCACAUGCACGUGUGCACACACACACACACACACACACACAAAAGCUAGUCAUGUACAUACAUUUAAAGUUUGUUAUUUGGAAUAUAUUUAGAGAUAGAGAAACUGUAAGGAAAAUCUAAAACCUGUUUGUAGCAGAUCUGCUUAUGAACGUUGGUCUGUUUUUAUUAGAAAUUUGUUUAGUUCCUUUUCUGCAGAGACUUUUCAGGUGUAGUGUUAAAAAAGUAAUUUAUUCUUAUUGCUGUAAUGUACACCAACAUUUUCAAUUAUACAUUAGCGUGUCUCUCAUAGUUUUAGAUUCAUUUGUACUUUAAGAGGCAUUCUUCUUAUCAGUGAAAAAAACAAAAGUCUACGCUUGACGAACGAGUCAGUGUGGAAAGACAUUACUUAUGUUGCAUGCUUGAAUUUUUAUUUUCAGUAAAUAUUACUAAAAGUAUCAUAAUGAAAUGGCAGUGGCAAAGUAUAUACAAUACAAACAUAAUAAGUCCUUUUCAGGAAAUUGUUGAGAGCAGGUUACAAAUAAAAAACUGAACUGCUGAACCUCUAAAGAUGCAAUAACAUUUUGUUCAUGUCUUGCAUAAUGAUACUAAACAUCAAAGACAUAAGACAUCUAAAUUAGCAUCUAAGCAGCUGUUUAGACUUAAAAAUUGGACAAAAAAUGGAGAAAAAACAUUUUAAAAUGUUGCUAAUUGACCCUAUAAUGUUGCAAGUGCACUGGACUGCAGUUUCAUUGGUUUUACAGGUAGAGUUUAAAUUAAUACAGGACCAAAGCUUUGUGCUGAUAUGAUGGAGCAUGAGAUAACUUGUAGUGAAAAAUAAUGUGCUUUGGUAUGGAUGCAAAUAAUAAAGACACAGAAAUAAUGUUCAUACUGUUCAGAUCUUUCUUUUUUGGAAUAGUUUGUUGUACACAGCGAUACGUGAGUAGUAUAUAUGCUGCACAUUAGUAUCCUGACAUCUCAGUCAAUGUCUAAGAGACGAACAUGCGUUUCAAGUAGGACACAAACUGCUUUAAAUCUCAGGGCAUCUCUAGUUUUCAUAAUAUCAAAUUUUUACUCCUGUGGCAAGUUAAUGGAGAAAACAUGUGAAAAUCCCAAAGUGCAAAUUUGACUGAUUGCCUUGGGAUGCUGUCAGUUUCAAACCAGAUGAAACAAGUCUUUUAGAGAGAAAAAACAGCCAAUUCUGAACAGUGUGAAAAGUGUUGGGCUGAGGUAAACAAUCUGGCAUAACAGUAAUGGAGCAGCAAGAUUUAACCCACUGCAUCUGUGGCAUUUGCUGUGUAAUUCCGAUAGCUAUUUAUUUAGCAGGUACUGACCAGAAUUAAAAUGAUUGCAUAGCUGAUCACCAAAGUCAGUUUAAUAUAGAACCAAAUGUUUCCUUUAUAGACCACCUUCACCAACACACCCCAGCUGAGACAUUGUUCAAAUAAGUUUUAGAAUGCAUUUGCUGUGUUUUCUUCAAAUUUCUCUGCUCACUUUCAUGCUUGUCUAUAUCCCUGAACCAACCAUUGCCACUUGGCUCAAACUGUCAUAACUAGUCUUUAUGUCUUAUUAGACUGCCACACGCUAGUGUCAUCACAAGCCAGAUGAGGUACACUUAGACAAAAUUAACGCCUAUAAUACAGCAAUGGGUAGGAAUUAGGGAUCUUGUGCCAACAAAUUUGUUGUCUUUAUACUGCGUGUUAGGUCUAGAAUUUGAAAAUAAUUCUUUGAUCAGGACUGAAAUACUGUUUAAUCUGCUUGCUGAUGUCCCUUUAAGUCCUGUUACCCUGCCUUAGUCUUCGUAGCUUACAAAGAAAUCAUGCCUGAAACAGCGACUUACAUGUUGCAAUAAUCACACCUUGUGAGCUUUGUGGAAAACUUGCAAAGGGUCUUGAAGCAAGGUUAGCAAAUAUAGGAUGCUGUUCUAUUCCACACAAAGGUUUGCCUGGCCUGACCGAGAUUGUGAAGACUGUAGUCAAUCAGAAUGCUAGAAUAUGAUAGGUUUCCUUUUAACCCCCAAUUCCAACACCAAAAUAGCAUCUUGGCCAAGAGGAAAGAUGUUUUAAAGCUGAUAAUGAUCAAGCUGAUCCUGAUUAUAUGAACAGGAAUGAGAACAAAGAAUCAUUUAUUGAAACUGUUCAUGCUCUUGGCAGUGGACUGAUAGGUCUAAUGACAUCUAAUGUGUCAACUGCAAGUUCUAUCACUUUUGAAAAAUUUGUUAAAUAUUAUGUCAGACCUAGUCAAAAAAAUGCCUGCACUUUCUGAAAUUUCUUCUUGCUAUCCACUCCCUUAUCCACAUGUUCUUUUUCCUUUCUGCUUCUUCAGUUAUAUUGACUGUGGUGGCUACAGUGGCUAACUUGAGCACUAUUUUUUCAAAGUUGCCUUCCAUAUUGCUUUACACCAAUUGUCUCUCUGCAUUGAUGUUCUUUUGACAUCACCUUGCAAGCCAGCUGCAAGUGGCCUUUGCUACUUGAAAAGGUUACCGCAAUACUAUACUUUGUACUUGCAAUCCUUGAAAACACUGCAACUUGUAAGUCGACCCUAAGACUUUCAGUCGUCCUUCUCCCUUAUGAUCAGCAUUGUGUCUCUGAAUAUGCUGUCUGCAUUUUUCACUAAUAGGUUUGGGAUUUUUUAAAUUUAUUUUUGUGUGCAUUAUUGCAUCAUGAAUGAAGGCUGGUUACACUCUUACAAAUAUUUUGUGAUAUUUGAUCAGUAUUUCAGUAAAAAAAAACAUUUUUUAUGCUUGAGUGUGCUUCAGCUUUCUUUAAAUACUGGUAAGCUUGCAUAAUCAUUAUCAUUAUAGAAAUAUUAUAGGAGCAUCUGCAUGUCUGGAUUGGUCUUACAUUUUACCAUUUCUGUGUAAAGUGUAUAGAUAUGUGUGUGACUCAUAAAAAAAAUUUAUUUGAGAGGAAUGUGUUUACCAUGUGGAGACAAUAAUGCUUAUUGUUUACAGGUGACAUGCUUGAUUGAACAGCCAAAUUGAUUUGAAUCAAUUUUGACCUCGAUAUUAUUUUAAUCCUCAAAUGUAUGAGUUCUGGGUAUGUGUGGGUGUGGUUUCUGAGCGUGUUUGUGUAUGGGUGGGUUGGGAGAAGGAGUAUGUGUGCCUGUUGCUUGUUAGAAAAGAAACAAUUUUGAAGAUCUUUUAUGUCUGAAUUCAUCACUCUUAAAAGAUUGACAUUUUCCAUUCUGUUGUUUUAGACCAGGCCUCGCGUCCACCUGUAAGUGGUGUGGUAGAUGUCACUUUGUGGCUUAGAUUAACACAUCUUUCUUUCAGACAGCAUUGCUCCAUGUGAUGUGAAAUGUGCCAGUUUAUUUUAAACAGAGUUCCUUUCCCACACUUCAUAUUCCCUACCCAUACCUCACAAGAACAAUAUUACUUUUGAAGGCUUGUUAAGGCUACCUUUAAAAAUUAAAAAAUGUAUUGAAGUGCAGUUUAUGUAUUUAUUUUGCAUACUCUAACAGCCCUAGUAACCUUGGUGGAAAUUUAAAAAAAAUGACAUGCUGCAGCUCUCCUUUUAACCUGCUUUGUGAAGCAAGAUAAUAUGUUGUGGCAUGUUUCUCAGGCAGAUGAAGGAAGCCCUUUUACUAUCAGUGUGUAUAUUUUUCGAUUAUUAUUUUGCAUUUAUUAAAUAUAACAUCUCACCAGAAAUUGGGUUUUGCUUUUUUUUUCUGUUAGCAAAGAAAACUUUCUUUGAUUAAUUUUCUGCAUUUAUUUUGUGAAAUAUUUCAGUGAAGGCAAAAACCGGGCUUUUUCUGGAAAUGUUUGUUUAGACACUCAGAGUCAGGUCUAGUCACUAAAAAAAAAAAAAGUUGGAGGGGGAUGAAAGUCAACAUAAAAACUAAAACAGCUUGAAACUCAUCAAGAGUGAUUUUAAGAGUCACCAGUCAGUAAAUAUGUUCAACUGAAGUUGAUGUUUCAUCCUUUUAAGCAAAAGUGAAACUGCUGGUCAUUUGUUAAAGGAAAUUUAUCAUUAAAUCUGUUUCAGUUUGUCAUUCCGUGGGUCUGUAACCUUAGAAUUGCCUUCACCCAGGUUAUUCUUUGGAAUGUUUUCAACACUGUUUAGUAGUUUAAACAGUUUUAAAAAUAUGGAUUGUGUUUUGCUUAUAGACUCUCUCUGAUGAGCUAGAAAUCUUUUUUUAAGUGAUUUAGAAGCUUUCCGUUGAGCAUUUCUGUUAUAUGGUAUUCCUGGACAUUUAUGUGCGUUUGUGUGAGAGAGAGAAAGAGAGUGGGUACAUGCAUGUAUCUUUAUAAAGAUAAUAAUGACAGAGUUUCUUUAUGUGCAUUUUUAAUAUGUGCAUUGUUCAGCAUCUAAAGGUACACAAGUUUUCCAUUGAAAUUGUUAAGGAAAGUACAAAGCCGUUUGAUAUAACAUGAUUACUGAUACUUCUUUAAUCGAUAGAAUAUUUUUGUUGAUCUUGUACCAAAGAUUUUUGAAAUCCAGCGACCUACAGAAUUAAGGCAUGAAUUGUGCAUGCAGUGAGAAGGAUGUGAGAGUGAAAAUCCUUUCUGUUUGAAGCACCUCAUGCUGCACACUUUAGACUUGUUUUGUGCACAACAUUUGCUGUUUGGGACAUAUUUUCUGAGAUAACUUUAGACAAAUUAUUGGGACUGCUACCUCAUAGAAACAUAUGGGGAAAACUUUUGAGAUGUUCGUGCAAUGGUACAAUAAUACAAGUUUUAGACGAAAGCAUUGCUCUUAAAAAUUAAAAUUCAAGGCUACUUUUUUUUAAAGUGUCUUCCAUUUUAUUCCUCACUUAAAUGCAAGAUCCUAAUGGAACAUAACAUUCCUUUUUUUAAUAUUGUUGUAAUGAUAGGGGAUUAAACACUAAAAGCUUUUGUGUUUUUUCCCCCCUUGUACUCAGACAAUUAAUAUUUGGAAAACAUAUGAUUUUACAGUGGACGCUGUAAUUACAAGAAUUUAAAGUUUGUGCUUAAAUGCCAAUCUUUUUCUCUAUUUCAGAACACCCAGAUGAUAAAGGAGAUUUGUAGAUGGAAACCAGUUGCAGUUUUGCACACCACUGUGUUCAGAGAUCACAGAGAUAUGAUCAUGCUUAUUGUAUAGUGCUGGGGAAAAUGAAGAUGUUUGGUGGUGAGCAAAACAGUGGCAGAAGCUGAACAAUGUUUAGCUUUUCUGAUUUUCUGUUCUGAUAGACUCACGCAGACUAACUUUUAUCUCCACAUUGAUACUGUCUGGUGAUCAAGACAUAUCAACAUAUCUAAAAAUCACAAAAUUAGUUGAAACUAGAUUUGUUUUCUUUCUGGUGGACUACAGCAGAAACAACGCCUUAAGCAUGAUUAGGUCUUAUCGCUGAUUGCACCCACCCAUCACUUUUUUUGUGGAACUAGUAAUGAUGUUUAAAAAGAAAUAUGGGAUCAGAAAAGAUUGUCUUUGUUCAUAGUGAAAGGUGUUUUCACCACAGAUGAAUAUGCCAGUUUUUAGGAGGCUUUUAGUUUUGCAAACUAUUCCUGUUUUAAGCUAUGUAUCCAUGUAUGACAUAUUUUAAAACAAACUGUGAUGAAAUUUGGAAACAUUGUCAUUACCUCCCUCAUGUAGUGGUCACACAUUUGUUCUAGCACAGCUAAUAAGCUGACCAUCUGAGUUAACACUACAAAGAAAAAAAAAGACCAAAUAACCUUCACAAGUACAAGCUAGUGUGACAUUGAAUACAAGCCAGCCAUUGCGCUUCUAUUCAUGUAUUAUUUCAAGCUAGACUAUUAUGAAGAUUUCUUGGAUAGUAGUUCAUUAAAGGAAGGGCAAGUGUUAAGGGCGACAUGGACCCCAACGGCCAAUUAGUGCUAAGAGACUGAUGACGAUUCCCUCCGCCUUAGUUCAGAUGAUUGCAACCGGCUCCCAGUCUGAACUGGUCUGAUUGAAGUAUUACCUCCCUUGACCUUAUAAUUUUAUACACACGCGAGUGUUGAAGUGAGGUUACGGAUGAACUUUUGCUGUUGUCAAAAAAUUUUCGUUUUUCUCAAAUGGAAGACGAAUUUUGAUUAUCUUAUCCUGGCCAUAACCAAUUAUGUUAGUGAUCAUUAUUACACACAAUAUAUCAUUCAUAACAGAUCCCUCUAUUUCUGAUGGCAUAUGCAGCUAAGCACAGAAAUCAACAAUUUCCGUGAUUGUAAAUGUAUGACACUGGCUGAUAAAUGCAAAUCUUUUUACAUGCCGGUCAUUUGGAUUAGUUUUGUGAUGACUGAAAUGAUGCAUUUUUUGCAGAUUUUUUUAUGAUGACCAUUAUGGUGCAGUUGGUAAAUGACCCUUGUGCUUUGUAGUGGAGGUACUUUUAAAAGAUGACAGUUCAGUGGUGACGAGUUUGUUUUAGUAGUUGCUUUUUUAACUCCAGAGGUCACACACUUUUGGGGAAUGAUUGUACAUUGUCCCAUAGUUCAUGUUUGGUAUUACCUGGGCAUUGAUUGUUCUGCAUUUUGAGAUGUUUUCCAGAGUGCAACAAACAUGAAGACAAUACUGUUAGCUACUCCUCUUUUACAUUCUUUUCUCAAAUGUUUCCAAUAUCAAAACUUAAGUAUUAAUGCAAAAACAGGAUAUUAAAAUGUUUUAUAGAUUUCCUAGAAAUAUUCUUAGUUAUGGGAUGAGACUUUUUUUUUUGACUUGGUUUUAGUUACCGAUAAUAAUUAAUGUGUGGUUCACAUGAUAUUGUUUACUUUUCUCACCAUGAAGUUGAUUGUAGAGUAGAGGUUACUUUUGGGAAAUGCAGAAUACAAUUCCUUUGUUAAAAUAAUGAUAUAUUUGCAUUGAAGAUGCUCUUUAUAUACAGACUCCUCAAGAGGUCAGAGUGCAAAGUGUCACUCUAUUGCAGGGCUUUACUCGUAUCUAUGUGGCAUUUAAAACAAUCUAGUCAAGAAGGAUUUUUAUGGUCACUGAAUUAACAUCAGUAGUUUGCUGUUUGGUGCAAGGUCUCGUUUGGAACGAAGUAUGAUUAUGAGAUUAUAGUGAAGUGCAACAUGAAUGUUCCUAAUUAAGUAAAGAGUAGCCUUGGUGCUUAUAUUUUUAGAUAUGAAGUAUUGUUUUGUUUGUAUGAAAUACUCCUUGGAGUAGCUGACUUAGAUCCCAUGAAUUAUUUGGGAGUGAGUGGAGCUUAUAUGUACGGCAUAUAAUUUUGCUUUGAAAUAAUGUGACUGGACUCACUGGCUGGUAGUUUCAGGAUAAUGGGCGCAUAAGGUCACCUCUGAGGUAGUGGUGUACUGAAAAAAACAUAGGAUGGAGAUCAGUAAGCGCAUGAAGGAACAAAAAAAAAAGGAAAAAGACAGAAAAGAGGGCACACAUGCGUUACAGCCCUACCAUCACGUGCCAUGACAAAAAUUGAAACUGGGAGCAUGACAUGACCUCAGCUUCCCUCAGUAUUUUUGGAGACUGGUAUAUUAUUCCUGUCGUGGCUUCAUUCCCCUCUGCAGACACCACUGCCACAGAGCAUCAUUUCCCUACGAAAAUAUGGGAGUUGCGAGGAGGAAGGUGCAACCAACCAUAUUUUUUGUUAUCCUGUAAGUAUUUUUUCGUCCAGCCGGGCAGUGGGUUCACGACGGUGAAGCUACUUCGCCUCCAUCGUUGUCUUUAACAUCACUGGGGAAGUGCGCUGUGAGAAUGUGCCGUUUGUAUUGCUCUUGUUUCGAUGUUAAUUCCAUUCUGACUGAUUGCUUUGAUGUGUAUAACGAACACAUUAUGUUUGCAGUUAGGUCAUUUUUGUUUGGUUUGUUUUACACAACAGGAGGCCAGUCAGGAAAUAUCAUUAACGAUAUUAGUUUUUCAACGAACAAUUCAGUUUGGUUUGCUUUGCUUUGAGUGGUAGAUUGGAUUGUCUUUAGGACGAAACAUAAACAUUACGAUCGUCAGGAUUUUGUUGUAUGUGCUGCGUGAAUUAAAGUAAAUUAGUUCUUACUGUAGUACAAAGGUGCUUAAGAGAAGAUAGUUUUAUUGCAAGGUUCAUUACCAUGCAUCACUGCCUUUCGACUUCUCUGCACCUUCUCAACCGUGGAGAUAACUUGCUGUCCCAUACUUAUACGUGAGUGGUCCUCUAAGUUAAUUCCAUCCCAACCCCUCAGUCCCAACUUUCAAAGUUUGUUGGCUGUUUUUAGGUUUAUUUUAAACUGCUGUUUCUGCUCUCACAGUCGCAAGACUUGAGAUGUGGCAUUGAUAGUCGUCAAUUGGUUUCUUUCACAAUUUUUGCGGAAUUACUGAGGACACGAAGAUUUCAACCACUUUGUAUCAGCUGUUUGUUGGAGUCCUCAAUUUAUGUCUGACGUUUAGAAAGCCUAGUAGAUUUUCAAUUUAGCAUACCAAACACUGCCUGGAAUGUACAUUUUAACAAACUUUUCAAAACAAAACGUGUUUUGCUUUCUCGAAUGUCUUUGUUUUGAGUAAAAAGUUUUAAUAAGACUUUAGAAUUUAUUUUAUCAAAUUUUAGUCUAUUUAAUCAUUUUGUCGUUCGUAGGGUCAUCUUUAGAUGAUCUGACUUGGGGAUCUGUUAGCAGUGGUUAUGACAUGUUACACUAAAAAGUGUUAAACUAUCCAUUGUACAGCGUCCCCAGUCACAGACGGCGUGACAGUCUUUCACCGGGUGAAGGGAUAGUGCCAUUCUCCUACCCGACAUGUGAACAAGUCUUUCCCAGCAUGCACCGUUCUGGUCUCGGACAUGCUAUUCUUUCUCUGCACGUGGCAUCUGUUUACAGGGCUGGCUGUCUUGCCGUGAUGUAGCCUUAGUUGCUGACUCGGUGUUAAACACCAAUUCCCACCCCUCCCAGCAUGCACCCGGCCCUCUCUUCGCGUACCUUCACCUCUACCCUAUCUCUACUUCGGUCAGCUUAUCAGUUAGAGUGUUAACCAGUCUACCUCCGCCAUCUAUAGCGUAUUUAUACCCGUGAAGUAAAGUGGGGGCUAAUGCACCUGUCCAGUAAUUUUUGCCUACAAAAGAAGGAAGAUAGAGCACGCAUGCACCCACAAAGACACCCACACCUGGCGGCACGCACACAAAGCCAACUGUUACUGACUGGCAGCUAGUCGCCGUCAAAUCACUGGAUUCCUCCUUCCUCUCUUCCUGUUUCUUCUCCGUUACUUCCCUCCCAUUGUCAGAGGACUAGCAGUUUCUGGUGCUUGGAAUCAAAUGGCACGCGUUCAUCAAAACACAACGGAACUUUUUUGUCGGCGAAGUACCUUUUUUCAUGUUACAUUGUACGAUCCCGAACGAUAUUAAUAAAAGUCAUUAAUAACAGGU